GGGAUGAACAUCACCCUGGUCCAUGAAUUCAUCCUGGUGGGCUUCCCCACCGCCCCGUGGCUGCAGACAUUGCUUUUUUUCCUCUUCCUUGUGGUCUACCUGUUAGUGAUAGCAGAGAAUCUUAUCAUCAUGCUCACCGUUUGGAUCACUGGCUCCCUUCACAAGCCCAUGUACUAUUUCCUGAGUAGCUUGUCCUUUCUAGAGGUGUGGUAUGUCUCUGUGACUGUCCCAAAGAUGCUGGAUGGGUUCCUCCUGCAGAGACGGAACAUCUCCUUCACAGGUUGUAUGACCCAGCUCUACUUUUUCAUCUCACUGGCCUGCACAGAGUGCGUGCUCCUGGCAGCCAUGGCCUAUGACCGCUAUGUGGCCAUCUGCCACCCUCUUCGAUACCCAGUCAUCAUGACCACUGGUUACUGUGUACAGUUAAUUGCCUUCUCUUACAUGACUGGUUUUAUGAUUACUGUCAUCAAAGUAUAUUUUAUUUCACAUGUCACCUUUUGUGGCUCUAAUGUCAUGAAUCACUUUUUCUGUGAUAUCUCACCAAUCCUCAAACUGGCAUGCAAAGACAUGUCCACAGCUGAGCUAGUGGACUUUGCUCUGGCUAUUGUCAUUCUUAUCUUUCCUCUCACUACCACUAUUCUCUCCUAUAUCUACAUUGUUUCUACUAUUCUGCAUAUACCCUCCACCCAGGGAAGGACAAAGGCGUUUUCUACAUGUGCAUCUCAUCUCACUGUGGUCAUAAUUUAUUAUACAGCUAUGAUUUUUAUGUAUGCUCGACCUAGAGCUAUUGCAUCAUUUAAUUCCAACAAGCUGAUAUCAGCUGUGUAUGCAGUUCUCACACCCAUGCUGAACCCAUUUAUCUACUGUCUAAGGAACCAGGAAGUCAAGAAUGCUAUCAAGAAGACCCUUGGUGGUGGCCAGUGCUUCUUGCUCAUCUGA